AUGAACAACGACCAAUUCCGCCGGCUCCUCCUCGCCAACACCUCCAAAUCCAAAUCCCAAUCCAACCCCUCCCCCAACAACAAUGGCGCGUCGUCUCCCCCAGCAUCCUCCCGACCGUCCUCCACCGCGGCGCUCGGCUCCCGCCUCAAAUCCAGCAUCCCCAUGACCCCCCGCUCCGUCACCGGUAGCGCCGGCUCCAACACCAACCGAUCCACCUUUGCCCGCCAACUCGCCGAACAAAACCAAGCCCCCGAUCAAAACAACAAACCCAAAAACAAAAACCAAUUCCGCUCCUUCGCCCCUAAAGGCAGUAAACCCGCCCAAGGCUACGUCGAUCGCGCACGUACCCGCGAAGAACAAGAAGACGAUGAACGGGCGGCGCGGUUGAAAGUGCUAGAGGAAUCGUUCAAAAAAGAAGAGAUGGAUCGGGAGAUGUACGAUCGGUUACGGGCUGAGGUGGCAGGCGGGGAUUUGGGGAGUACGCAUUUGGUGAAGGGGUUGGAUUUUAGGUUGUUGGAGAGGGUGAGGAGGGGGGAGGAUGUUUUUGGGGGUGGGGGGGAUGGAGAACUACACAAUGGUGGGGGGGCUGGGGGAGAGAAGGAGGGGGACGGGGGGAAGGGAGAUGGGAUAGAGGGAGAGGGAGAGGAUCCGGAUGAUGCGCUGGAAAGGUUGGAGGCGACGGAGGUGAAGGCUGUGGAAAGGGAAAAGGUGCAGAAAAAGGGCCAGUUCGCCACGACGGGCCUCAACCCAGGGCAGAAACGCUCGCGGAACCAGAUUUUGGCUGAACUCAAAGCUGCACGCGCAGCAGCAGCUGCUGCCAAAGCGAAAGAAGCCGAGUCGAGUCUAGGGUCACGGUUCAAAAAAAUCGGCGAGAAGAAGACCCCCGGCACGCGGAUAGAGCGAGAUGGCAAAGGGCGCGAGGUGAUGAUUAUCGUGGAUGAGGACGGGCAUGAGAGGCGGAAGGUGCGCAAGGUGGACCCGAGGGUUGCGGCGGAGGAGGAGGAGAGGGAACGGGUGAUGUUGGCGGCGUCGGGGGAGAUUUUGGGAAUGGAGGUGCCGGAGGAGGUGAGGAAGAAGUUGGAGGCGCAGAAGGCGGAGGAGGAGGGGAAGAAGGAGAUUGAGAGUAUCUUUGAGGAUGCUGGCUCGGAUUAUAAUCCGCUUGCUGGGUUGGAGGGGUCGGAUGAGUCGUCUGAAGAGGAGGGCGAGGCAGAGGAGGGGAGAACGAAAGAGGAGAAGCCGCAGAUAAAAGCUACAUCCACGGCAAUGCCCCCACCACCACGACCAAUUCCAAACAACGCCACGACACCCGCAUCAAGGAACUACUUCCAAGAUUCCAAAACCGCCCUCACCUCAUCCGAAACCUACAAAGCCCCCUCCCUCGACGACCCAGCCUUCCGCGCAGCCCUCCAAAAGGCCAAAGCAGCAGGGGCACUGGAAAAGUCCGCAGAAGAACAAAAAGCAGCCGAGCGCGAAGCCCGGCUCAAACAGAAACUCAGCGAGCUGCACCGCGACGACGAGGACAUGGACAUGGGGUUUGGGUCGAGUCGGGUGGAGGACGAGGCGGAUUUGGAGGAGGGAGGUGGAAAGGUGAAGUUGUCUACGUGGGGGGGUAGUGAUGGGGAUGGUGAUGAGGAGGGUGGUGGUGGUGGGAGUGGGAAGACACAGCAGAGGAAGAGAGGGGGGAAGAAGAGGAAGGGGGAUAAGAAUAAUUUUGAGGAUGUUAUGAGGGACACCUUUGCCAUCCUGCUCGCGGCCUACCACCCAGCCAUCCGCAUCCUCGGCGUCUCGACCGUCUUUGGCAAUGCCUCGCUCGAAAAAACCACCCAAAACGCCACCUCCAUCCUAACCGCCCUCCACAAAGCCACCGCCAUCCCCGUCCACGUCGGCGCCUCCCACGCCCUGGUCCGCCCCCCGAUGCACGCCCCGACCGACAUCCACGGCCACACCGGUCUCGACGGCACCGACCUCCUCCCGACCCCCACCGUCCCCGCCAUCACCACCCCCUCCGCCAUCGACGCCGCCUACACCGCUCUGCGCGCCUGCCCCCCCGGAACAGCCUGGGUCGUCGCCACGGGCGCAUUCACCAACGUCGCUGGUCUGUUUGCGCGGUAUCCCGAUUUGGUCGGGCAUAUCAAGGGGUUGUCGCUGAUGGGCGGGGCGCUGGGGGAUGGGUUUACGGAUGCGGUGUUGGGCGCUGUGGAAGGGGUGCCGAGGGUGGGGAAUUGGACGCAGUUUGCCGAGUUUAAUGUUUUGGCGGAUCCGGAGGCGGCGGAGGGGAUUUUUGGGGAUAGGGAGUUGGCGGGGAAGACGACGUUGAUCCCGUUGGAUUUGAGUCAUUUGGUGUUGACGACGGAGGAGGUCAGGGGGUUGUUGUUGUAUGGGCCGGAGGGGAAAAGGGGGGGAGUGAAGGAGGGAGAGGGGAAGACGAGGUUGAGGACCAUGUUGGUGGAGUUGUUGAUGUUUUUUGCGAGGACGUAUAGCGAAGUCUUCGGCAUAACCGGCGGUCCCCCCCUACACGACCCCCUCGCCGUAGCCGCCGUCCUAACCGGUCUCGCCGACGACCCCGACCACACCCACCACGCCCACGCGCAGCACGAGAUCCCCUUUUGCGACACCAACCUAACCCAAACGACUAGCGACGCCUACCACCCCCCCGCGAGCCGAGAACGCUUCGAAGUGACUGUUGUCACGGAGGGGUCGUACGAGGAAGCGCGGGCGAAUAAGACCAAGACGGGACAGAUCAAGGCGAGGUUGCUGCCGCCGGGGGAGAAGGGGGUGAGGAUUCCGAGGAAUUUGGAUAUUCCGCUGUUUUGGAAGGUGUUGGAGGAGUGUGUGGCGAGGGCGGAUGAGGCGAUUGCGAGGGAUGAGGCUGCUGCUGCUACCGCAGCUCAGUGA